AUGGAAGACGGGAUGAAUCCUAGUGUGGGGGAGCUGAAGUUCAAAAGCUACAGGAUUGACCUCCUUGAUGAUGAUGUGGAUGAAUGUCAGGUGAAUCCAUUUGUAUGUGCAAAUUCCAACUGCACAAAUUUAUAUGGAGGUUACAGCUGCUCAUGUUUGGAUGGAUUUACUGCAACAUUGCCAAAUCUCACCAUCAACACAUGCGCAGACCCAGGUUCAUUUUAUCCAUAUGGAAUUGAAGACAUAGUGAAUGAACGCAUUGAUGAUGGAAGUUCUGCAGUGAUUUACCUCCUGCAACCAUAUAUAUAUUUUGGACACACAUACAACCAAAUUUAUGUUAACAACAAUGGACACUUGACUUUUGAUACAGCAUGGUACAGCUACAUUCCCUACGGCUUCCAAGCAUAUGGUGGGAAAGACAUCAUUGCUCCACUCUGGACUGAUAUUGAUAACCGUUUAAACGGUGUCAUUUCAUAUCAGCAGUACGCAUCUGGCAGUGUCCUGACACAAGCGACACAAGACAUAAACCAAUACUUCCCUGAUCUCAACUUUUCUGCUUCAUGGGUCUUUGUUGCAACAUGGGACAGAGUGGCGUAUUUUCCAAAUUCAGGAACAGAAACAUCUUUCCAAGUGGUUUUGAUUUCGAAUGGCAAUUUCUCAUUUGUUUUAAUAAACUAUGGUACAAUUGCCCCAUCACACUUACCUGUACAGGCUGGUUAUGACAACUUCAACUCACGCUACUCAAUUACUGGAAAACUGGAUAACUUCACAAGCUUAAAAUACAGCAGCAAUGUCAAUGUUUUAGGCAGAUGGGUCUUCAGAACAGAUCUCAGAUCACCGGGUUGUCAAUUCAAUGAUGUGAAUGAAAUUUAUGUGAAUUCAUCUGUAUGUGGUCCGAACUCCUACUGCACAAAUGUAAAUGAAGGGUACAGUUGUUCAUGUUUGGAUGGAUUUACAGCAACAUUCCCAAAUCUCACCAUCAACCUUAAUAACACAUGCACAGAUAUUGCUGAAUGUCUCAGCUCAUCUUUGGUGUGUGGACCAAACUCAUAUUGUCAGAAUAUCAAUGGAAGCUACUCAUGCUCUUGUUUGAGAGGAUAUAAUGUUACAAACAUGAAUGAAACUGUUAGUAAUAGUAACCCAUGUACUGAUGUGGAUGAAUGUCUACUGAAUUCAUCUGUAUGUGGACCAAACUCCAACUGCACAAAUAUAAAUGGAGGUUACAGUUGCUCAUGUUUGGAUGGAUUUACUGCAACAUUCCCAAAUCUCACCAUCAGCAUCAAUAACACAUGCACAGUUUCAGAUAUCAAUGAAUGUCUCAACUCAUCUUCGAUUUGUGGACCAAACUCAUAUUGUCAGAAUUACAAUGGAAGCUACUCGUGCUCUUGUUUGAGAGGAUAUAAUGUUACAAAUAUGAAUGAAACUGUUAGUAAUAGUAACCCAUGUACUGAUGUGGAUGAAUGUAAAGUGAAUUCAUCUGUAUGUGGACCAAACUCCAACUGCACAAAUGUAAAUGGAAGUUACAGUUGCUCAUGUUUGGCUGGAUUUACUGCAACAUUCCCGUAUCUCACAAUCAGCAUCAAUAACACAUGCACAGAUAUUAAUGAAUGUCUCGACUUAUUUUCUGUUUGUGGACCAAACUCAUAUUGUCAGAAUUACAAUGGAAACUACUCAUGCUCUUGUUUGAGAGGAUAUAAUGUUACAAACAUGAGUGAAACUGUUAGUAAUAGUAACCCAUGUAUUGAUGUGGAUGAAUGUCAGGUGAAUCCAUUUGUAUGUGCAAAUUCCAACUGCACAAAUUUAAAUGGAGGUUACAGUUGCUCAUGUUUGGAUGGAUUUACUGCAACAUUGCCAAAUGUCACCAUCAACACAUGCGCAGACCCAGGUUCAUUUUAUCCAUAUGGAAUUGAAGACAUAGUGAAUGAACGCAUUGAUGAUGGAAGUUCUGCAGUGAUUUACCUCCUGCAACCAUAUAUAUAUUUUGGACACACAUACAACCAAAUUUAUGUUAACAACAAUGGACACUUGACUUUUGAUACAGCAUGGUACAGCUACAUUCCCUACAGUAUCCAAGCAUAUGGUGGGAUAGACAUCAUUGCUCCACUCUGGACUGAUAUUGAUAACCGUUUAAACGGUGUCAUUUCAUAUCAGCAGUACACAUCUGGCAGUGUCCUGACACAAGCUACACAAGACAUAAACCAAUACUUCCCUGAUCUCAACUUUUCUGCUUCAUGGGUCUUUGUUGCAACAUGGGACAGAGUGGCGUAUUUUCCAAAUUCAGGAACAGAAACAUCUUUCCAAGUGGUUUUGAUUUCGAAUGGCAAUUUCUCAUUUGUUUUAAUAAACUAUGGUACAAUUGCCCCAUCACACUUACCUGUACAGGCUGGUUAUGACAACUUCAACUCACGCUACUCAAUUACUGGAAAACUGGAUAACUUCACAAGCUUAAAAUACAGCAGCAAUGUCAAUGUUUUAGGCAGAUGGGUCUUCAGAACAGAUCUCAGAUCACCGGGUUGUCAAUUCAAUGAUGUGAAUGAAAUUUAUGUGAAUUCAUCUGUAUGUGGUCCAAACUCCUACUGCACAAAUGUAAAUGAAGGGUACAAUUGUUCAUGUUUGGAUGGAUUUACAGCAACAUUCCCAAAUCUCACCAUCAACCUUAAUAACACAUGCACAGAUAUUGCUGAAUGUCUCAGCUCAUCUUUGGUGUGUGGACCAAACUCAUAUUGUCAGAAUAUCAAUGGAAGCUACUCAUGCUCUUGUUUGAGAGGAUAUAAUGUUACAAAUAUGAAUGAAACUGUUAGUAAUAGUAACCCAUGUACUGAUGUGGAUGAGUGUCAGGUGAAUUCAUCUGUAUGUGGACCAAACUCCAACUGCACAAAUGUAAAUGGAGGUUACAGUUGCUCAUGUUUGGAUGGAUUUACUGCAACAUUCCCAAAUCUCACCAUCAGCAUCAAUAACACAUGCACAGGUUAA